CUAUCGUCUCGUUCACUUUUAAUUUUUCCUCUGUUUUCUCUUUGCCCUCUUUUUCUCUUCUAUUCUCUGUUUCUUUUUUUGACGGCAAAACAAAGGAAAUGAAAGAAGAAAAGCGAAAAAGUGUAAGCGUAUAAUAGAGGGACGACAAGAAAUAAAAAGAACGAGAGACACAGAGAGAGAGAGAGAAAGGAAAAAAAUGGUGGGUAAGGUUGUGGAUGAUGAUGAUUUGGUGGAGAUGAGCAUCAUAAUCGUUUUUGGAGGACACUCUUCAUCUCGAUUCCUCGAUGCUUAUCCCAAAAGUGUUUCCCACCUGUGUUCGGAGGAUUUCGGGAGAUUCUGGGGUUAGGGUUAGAUAUUGUCUUUCUAUAGCAGCUUUGGUGUAAAAUCUCUCUCUCCUUCGGUAGAGAUUGAAGAGAUUUUUUUUUUCUCUCUCUCUCUGUCUCUCUCUUUUAAAUACGGUCUUUUUUCAUUACUGUAUUAUAUUAGUGUUGUUUUUUUGUUGACGGGGAAAGGGUUCUUUUUUUUCUAAUGUUCGUUUUGUUGUAUUGUUAAUAAGUUGGGUUAUUGAAUUGAUAAAAUUUUGUUAAUUUCUGUGGGUUUUGUGGGGAUUGUUUGUUUGUUUUUUGAUUGAUAAAAUCUAGGGUUAUGAUGGAGGGGACAUCAUGUGGUGAUUGAUAUACUGAUAGUGAUGAUGAUGAAGGUGUUUAUAAAGUUGUUAUUUUGUUGAAUUCUUUGUUUUUUGGGGAAAUGGAAAUAUUCAAUCCACCAGCAACAACACCUACCUCCUCCAACCGGAUAAGUUGAGAUGGGAGUUUCGCUCCUCACAGCCUUCUCAAUGGAGAACCAUCAUCCUUCCACUCUUUUAUCUAUGGAUUCAAGCGCUUCCUCCCAUGACGAAUUGGAUUUAGAAAUGAACAGACAAACUGUUCUUUCUCGUCCACCUGAUAUCAAUUUGCCUCUCUCUGCUGAGCGUAGCCCUCCCCCGCAGCGGUGGAGCUCUGACCAGUGUGAAAUUUUGGAUGUUGGGCUUAAUUCACAAGCUUAUGAAACUGAGAGCUACCUUACUGUUUCCAAGGCUGGAAGAAAAUGUGCCAAGCGGGUAGACAGUAUAUGGGGUGCUUGGUUUUUCUUUAGUUUUUACUUUAAGCCUGCUUUGAGUGACAAAUCAAAGGCCAAGAUUAUUCGUGAUAGCAACGGUGUUUCUGGUUUUGAUAAAUCAGAUCUGAAGUUGGAUGUUUUUAUGGUUCAGCACGACAUGGAGAACAUGUAUAUGUGGGUUUUCAAGGAGAGACCUGAGAAUGCAUUGGGUAAGAUGCAGCUUAGAAGUUACAUGAAUGGGCAUUCUCGCCAAGGGGAGCGUCCUUUUCCAUUUAGUGCGGAUAAGGGAUUUGUACGUUCACACAGGAUGCAACGGAAGCAUUACAGAGGACUGUCAAACCCCCAGUGUGUGCAUGGGAUCGACGUUGUUCCAUCACCAAAUCUCAUGUCUCUCAAUGAGGAAGAACGGAAAAAGUGGAUGGAGCUUACUGGAAGGGAUUUAAAUUUUACAAUUCCACCUGAAGCUAGUGACUUUAGUUCAUGGAGAAACCUUCCAAACACAGAUUUUGAGCUAGAGAGGCCUCCUCCUUCAAUAAAGAGUGUACCAAAUUCUCACUCAAAGAAGCUGCUUAAUGGGUCUGGGCUCAAUUUGUCUACUCAAGCAUCUAGCCAUGGCUAUGGUGAUGGGAUGGACUUAUCACUUGUCAGCAGCAAAAGGAGGAAAGACUUAUUCCCGCACGGAAAUGAUGAUGAUUGCUAUUCGCCUGUCAUUCCUUCAUCUGACCGAAUUCCAAACAUGGAAAUUCAUCCCGGUGAGCCACAGUGGUUAAAUGACUUCAGUGGGGUAAUAAAAAAUGUUUAUGGGCCUGUCACUGCUGCAAAAGCUAUCUAUGAGGAUGAAGCAGGUUACUUGAUCAUUAUCAGCUUGCCUUUUGUUGAUCUUCAGAGGGUCAAGGUCUCUUGGAGGAAUACUCUCACUCAUGGUAUCAUAAAGGUAUCUUGUGUGAGCACAUCCGGCAUGCCUUUCAUCAAGAGAAAUGAUAGGACUUUCAAACUUACAGAUCCUGCUUCUGAGCAUUGCCCUCCUGGGGAGUUUGUUAGAGAAAUUCCACUGUCAACUCGAAUUCCUGAAGACGCUAACAUAGAAGCAUACCACGAUGGGCCGGGUUCUGUGCUUGAGAUUAUGGUGCCGAAACUGCGGGUGGUGCAUGAAGAACACGAAAUCCGUGUUUGCCUCCGUCCUAAGCAUGUAGGGAAUGAUCUCAUGUUGACAUGAAGUAGCAUUUAUGGAGAAUUAUAAGGGUAUAGUUGCUAUGGUUGGUGCUUCAUUGUUUCACUGACUUUGUACCAUUCAGUUUAAUCUAUGAAACAAAAUGCGCGUCUCACAUUUGUCUUU